AUGGUAGAUAAAGCAGAGCCCCUCGUGGUUGGUGUCAUUUUCCCGGCCAAGAAGAUUGAACGACUUCAAGAGGUGCUGGAAUCGGAGGAAGAUGGUGUACGCUUCGUGUUGAUCGACUUGGAGGCUGCGACUCCUUCUGGGGAAUCCGUGAGCGCCGUCGACUUGGAGGCUGCGGCCCAGCGCUUCGCCGCUCGCUAUGGACCUCUGGACGCGCUGCUGCACAAACUAGCACAUGAUAUGGUGUUUGCAGGGCUAGGGGACCACGACGCUGCCAAUCGUGUAAAGAUGGUGCAGGAAUUCGAGCGCCAGAACCCGUCAGUGCGUCUGGUGGACCCUCUAGACAAUGUUCGACUGCUUACGAACCGUCACGAGGCCUGCCGGAUGCUCCGAAUGAUGGAAAAGGAUGCAGAACAGACGCAGAGCUUUAAAGUGCCUGUGUUUCACGUGGUGGAAAAUUUGGAGCAAUUUCAGAAACUAUUGACGGAGGUGGACGCCGGACGGACGAGAUUGCCGCUCAUUUGCAAGUCAGUGGAGGCCUGUGCGACGGAUCGCUCGCACAUGAUGAGUGUCAUCACUAAACGCGAGGACUUGGUCUACGUCGAGCACCCUGUUCUGUAUCAGGAGUUUGUUAACCACUCAAGCCAUCUCUACAAGGGAUAUGUGUUGGGUGAUAUGAUCGACGUGGCGGAACGACGUUCGUUGCCAAAUCUCGUGGCUGGAGAUGCCCAGCAAGUGCAUUUUAACACCCAGGUGAAUUAUCCGACGACGAAGGAUUUUCACCCUCAUCUCAAUGACAGCGAUAGGCGCAUUGAGACGGUUGGCAAGUCGACACAAGAGGAGACUUUUGCGGCCGUGCGCAAGAUUGGCGAGCGACUUCGUACAGAGUUGAAGCUGACGCUGUUUGGCUUUGAUGUCAUCGUGGCGGAUGAUGGCUCGCGAGACCUUUAUGUGAUUGAUGUCAACUACUUUCCGUCUUACAGGGAGCUUGACGAUUUGAGCACCAUCCUCAGGAAGCACAUCAAGCAAUUGUGCGGCCGCCAGUAG